CAAUCAGCGCCGUCCUUCCGCGUGUGUUUCUGUCUCGUGCGCGCGGCGUGUGUUUGUGAUGAACGGAUGAAACGGGAUUCAACGCUCGGUUUAAAGAUCAUGUUAAUGUGAGCGGAUUGUUACACCGGUCUUCCCGUCAGUGUCUGAUCCAAGCGCUCAAUGAUGAAGAAACAGCAGAAGACCAGGCGCGGUGUGUCCGAUAAAGUCCGCAAAUCUAAAGCGGCUCCGGAGAUCCAGAAAAACCCGUUCGAGGUGAAGAUCAACCGCAAGAAGUUCGAUGUUUUGGGUCGCAAGAGUAAACACGACGUGGGUCUGCCGGGGGUCUCCAGAUCCAGAGCCAUUCAGAAGAGGAAGGAGACUCUCCUGAAGGAGUUCAGAAUGAAAGACAAAAACAACAAGUUCAUCGACCGGCGCUUCGGUGAAUAUGACAGUAAAAUGACACCCGAGGAGAAGAUCCUGCAGAGAUUCACGCUGGAGAGACAGCGCACUCACGACAGGAAGGACAUGUUUAAUCUGAACGAGGAAGAGGAGCUGACCCAUUACGGCCAGUCUCUGGCGGAGAUGGAGAAGAUGACGGAUGUGAUCGACAGCGACAGCGACUCUGAAGAAAGGGGCCUGCUGUCAGCUGAACUGACCGCUACACAUUUCGGCGGCGGCGGAGGUCUGCUGAGGAAAAAGAUUGCCGUCGAAGAAGGCAAGCCCAGAUCACGGCAGGAGCUGAUCGAGGAGCUCAUCCUCAAAUCCAAACAGGAGAAGCGUGAGCGUCAGACACAGAAGGAGGAGUCCCAGGAGCUCACGGAGAAACUGGAUCAGGAAUGGAAAUCCAUCCAGAAUCUUCUCGCCCACAAAACCCCGAAAGCGGAGAGAAAAGACGAGAUGGACAAACCCAAGCUGGACCAGUAUGACGUGAUGGUGCGAGAGCUGGGCUUUGAGAUGAAGGCUCAACCCUCAGAGAAGCUGAAGAGCGCCGAGGAGCUGGCUCGAGAGGAGAAACAGCGUCUGCAGACUCUGGAGGCCGACAGACUGAAGAGGAUGAUGGGAGACGCUGAGGAAGAGGCUGUUCAGACUAACACACACAUCUCUGCUGAUGACAUGAAUGAUGGAUUCAUACUGGAUGGAGACGACCGCAAAACGCUCGCUUACAAGGAUGGUAAAUGGAACAUAGAGGGAGAGGAAGAGGAGAAAGAGGAUGAUGAUGAUGAAGAGGGAGGAGAGGAGGAGGAGGGUGCCUCAGAUGAUGAUGAUGCUGAUGAUGGUGAUGCCGAGGGUGAAGAAGAGGAGGAGGAGGAGGAGGGGGGUGAGGAUGAUGAUGAUGAUCACGGUGACCUGCGGUCUGAAGAGGGCAGUGAGGAUGAGGACGGUCAGGGCGUUGAGGAAGAGCAGCUUGAUGCUGAAGGGCCUCCAGCGGCGACCGAGGAGCAGAAGAAAGCCGAACAGGAAGCAGCCCGAGCAGAGCUGCCAUACACCUUCACAGCUCCGGACAGUUACAGUGAUCUGAAGCAGCUCCUGCAGGGACACGGCCCGGAGCAGCAGCGCCUCAUCCUGGACAGAACGGUCAAGUGUCAUCAUCCCAGUCUGUCCCCAGCAAACAAAGUCAAGCUCCAGAAGUUGUUCAGUUUUCUGCUGGAGUAUGUUGGUGAACUCUCUACCCAGAAUCCUCCUGAUCUGAGAACCGUCAAUGCACUCAUCCCGCAGAUCUGCGGUCUGUGUCACAUGUUUCCCCAGGCUGCCUGUAAAGCCGUGCAGACGUUACUCAGUGACAGCGGCCACAGUAUGGAGGAGACUCUGGAGGUCAAAGGUCGAGCGCCAAUGCCCGAUCUAGACAUGCUGGUUCUCCUGAAGAUCACGGCGCUCCUCUUCCCUGCAUCAGACUUCAGACACCCAGUGAUGACUCCUGCGUUCCUCUUCCUCAGUCAGACGCUCACCAAGUGUGUGGUGCUCUCUCUGGAGGAUGUGUGUAAGGGUUUGAUUCUCUGUUGUCUGGCGCUGGAGUUCGUCUCUCUGUCUCAGAGGUUUUUCCCAGAACUGAUAAACUUCCUGCUGGGAGUCCUGCACCUUACCGUCUCUGACAAACACAACAUAGGUUAUACAGUGGUCAGUCCGUUCAGACGGCAGGGGAAGAGCAGUGAUCUACUGGUUCUGAAGGAUCCAAACACGUCUCACACCUGGAACAGAACACACACCUCACUGAACACCACUCACAGACGCCCAGCCCAGAGUCCAGAGGAGACUGACCACUACAGGCUGUCUCUCAUUGACUCGUGUCUGGAUCUGGUGAAGAGAUGCUCCUCGCUCUACAAGGAGCUGCCGUCGUUCGCGCACAUCUUCCAGCCAAUCAGAACGCUGCUGCUCAAGCAUCUUCCUGUGGACAUUUACCCCGCCCCGAUCCAGGAUCUUCAGCGGGCCAUCCUAGACGCCAUUCCCGAGACGCCUUCCCAGCAUGCACCUCUGGUGUUCAAGAAGAAGAAGCCCGUCCCUCUGAAACUCUUCACACCGAAAAUAGUGCAGAUUCUGGAUUACGGUAAGAAGCGCGGGAACACGAGGGAGGAGAAGGAGCACGAGCGACUCAAACACAAGUACAAGCGAGAGUUCAAAGGAGCGCUGCGAGAGAUCCGGAAGGACUCGCGGUUCCUGGCCCGUGAGAAGCUCCAGGACGUCUUGAACAGGGACUCGGAGAGGAAGAGGAGGGUGAAGGAGCUCUAUGGCAGUCUGGCCACGCAGGAGGGAGAGUGGAAGGCCCUGAAGAGGAAGAAGAGGAAGUGAGGAGGAAGACGGCUUCUGUGUUUGUUCUCGUGAGAGGGGUUUUAUCUGACAGAUUGUGAGAAAUAAAGCUUUGCAGUGAGA